UGCUGCGCCGACCGUCGUGAGGGGUGGUUGUGCCGCGUCCGCGUCCGGAGCGAGCGAGCGCUGGGGAGACUGGGCAGUGCGAGUGACCGGAGUGGUGCGGCUGCUGGACACAGGGUGCGCGGAGUGAGGAGUUAAUACAUCGGACACACUGCUGAGCGAGCGAGACCCGAGACGCCGAGCGUGGGAGGUUCCACAGAUUAUGGUCGGGAGCGCUUCAGGAGACUGUUCAUCGCCAGUGUCCUAGCGAUGUUUUGCCGGUCUCGGCCGGCGGCGGCGCUGCUGCUGCCGCUGCUGUUGUCGGUCGCCUGUGCCGAUGACCCGGUGGUGACCCAGCUCGACCUGAGCGCUGAGGUCAGCCGACUGACCCACCUGCGACUCAGCCCCGGCUCGGGCCAGGUGUACGUGGCCGGCGUCAACCGGAUCUACCAGCUGUCCUCGACGCUGGCCCGGCUGCAGGAGGUGGUCACCGGGCCGCGCCAGGACAACCCGCUCUCAUGCCCCGCCUCCGGCUGUCCCGCCGACGUGGCCACCGAGCCCACAGACAAUGUCAACAAGGUGCUGGUGGUCGACCAGGAGUCGCGGACACUGCUGGCGUGCGGCUCGGUGCUGCAGGGCGCCUGCACCAAGUACGACCUCAACAACAUCUCCCUGCCCAGCCAGGACCUGCCCGAGGCCAUCGCCGCCAACGACGCCAACUCGUCGACAGUGGCGUUCAUCGGGCCGGAGCACUACCACGCGUGGGGAGCCUCCAACGUUCUGUAUGUGGCCACCACCUUCACCUUAGUGGGCAUCUACCGCAACACUGUGCCGGCGAUAUCCACACGGCGACUUGACAAUCUGGACUUUGCCGAGCGUUCGUUCAACAAGCACUCGAUGCUGACAGUGGACGUCAAGUACCGGGACCACUUUCUGGUGGAAUACGUGUACGGCUUCCACGAGAAAGAUUACGCUUACUUUCUGACGGUGCAGCGGCGCUCCCACCUUCCUGGCCAGCAGGAGAGGGGCUACAUCUCUCGGAUCGUGCGCACGUGCGUCACCGACGCCAACUACGACAGCUACGUGGAGAUGACGCUGAGCUGCGGCGGCGACAACCUGCUGCAGGCGGCCAGGGUGGCUGAGCCGGGCGACGACCUCUCGCAGGACGCCGGCAUCCUCGACGGCGACAGGGUGCUCGUCGCCGCCUUCUCACCCAGUCAAGGGUUUACCAACGAGCCGCAAGAACAGUCGAAUGUGUGUGUUUUCUCGAUGAAGGAAAUCGAGGAAAAGUUUGAGGAGAACAUCCACAUGUGCUUCAACGGUUCGAUGCAGUACCGGAACAUGGAGUACAUAUCGGGACCGAUCCUCGACGGACAGUGCCCGAAAGCCGGGACGACCGGCAACAUCUACCAUUUCUGCUCGGAGGGUCUGAAGAUUUCUGCGGUGCACCCGCUGACGGCCGAGCCGGUGCUGUCCUGGGACCAGCGGGUCACCAGCGUGGCCGUCACCUCCACGGGUCGACACACGGUGGCGCUGCUGGGCACGCAGCAGGGCACACUGAAAAAGGUGCUGGUGUCGUCCAUGCGCUCGGCGCGGCAGUACGCCGAGCUACCCGUCGAUCCCGGGUCACCGGUCCUGGCCGAUAUGCAGGUGGACCUGCCUGGGGAGCACGUCUACGUUCCCACAACACAAAAGGUUACGCUGCUGCGACUCCAGACGUGCGAGCAGUAUACCAACUGCACCGAGUGUCUUCAGACCGGAGACCCUUACUGUGGCUGGUGCUCGCUAGAGAAAAGGUGCACGGUGCGUUCCGAGUGCGGAAAGGCGGACUCGAGCUCGCCGCGGUGGCUCUCCAUUGACGCCGGCCAGCAGUGUAUUGACAUGGAGAGGAUCGAGCCGCAGCACAUCGCCAUCGACCAACAGGCGCAGAUCUACUUGGGAAUCCGCGCGCUGCCGCCGCUGCGGUCGGGCGCCAAGUACCAGUGCGUGUUCGGCUCAGCGCCGCCCGUCGACGCCACGGCCACCGUGCGCGGCCUGCGCUGUCCGGCGCCGCCGCUCAGCCUCCGACCCCUGCUGGCGCCCUCGGCCGAUCACGUGACCGUGCCGCUCUCCGUGCGCUCCUCCGAGACCAAGAAGGACUUUGUGACGCGCCAGUUCGUCUACUUUGACUGCGGCCGGCACACAACCUGCGGUUCGUGUGUGACGUCACAGUGGCAGUGCAGCUGGUGCGUGUACGACAACAAGUGUGUCAACGACAACAGCACGUGCCACAGGCAUGUGGUCUCAGCGCGGCAUAAGAGCGAGAUGCUAUCUCCGUCCGAGCUGGGCUGCCCGGCGGUGGUGCCGCCCCGGCAGCCGAUCCUGGUCGCUGACGAGGUCGCCCACAGCCUCGUGCUGGAGGUGACCAACCUGCCGUCGCCGCUGGCCGGACAGUCCAGCUACACGUGCGUCAUCGUCAUCGAGGGGCGGACCGUGCUGGUGCCCGGCAGACUCGACGCCGGGCAGUUCAUCGUCUGCGAGAAGCGAACGUACUUUUACCGAAGUAACGCCUCAGAGCUGACCGCAACGGCGACAGUGAAGUGGAACUACAACAAUAACAUCGGCUCCGUCAACUUCACGCUGUACAAGUGCGCUCUGCUGGCCACCCACCAGGGGUCGGAGGACUGCUCCCUGUGCCUCACCAGAGACCCCAGAUACAGGUGCCAGUGGUGCGGCGGCCAGUGCCGAUUCAGCGAGCAGUGCCGACAGAACCCGGUCAGAGAAUGCCCUCGGCCGCAGGUAGAUCGGAUCCACCCUCGUUCGGGUCCUCUGGAGGGCGGCACCCUGCUCACCAUCGAGGGCAGAAACCUGGGACUGCACCGAAACGAGGUGACCGGACGCAUCUUCGUCGGCCGGGUGCCCUGUGACCUUGUCGACUACGAGGUCUCGGUCAAGGUCAUGUGCCGCACCGGCGCCGUCACCCAGCCCGCGGAGGAAACGGUCAAACUGGGAAACAGCGCCGGCUUCACUGUUUCAGAUAUUACCUUCCAGUACAAGCGGGUGGAGCUGCUGGACUUCCAGCCGCGGCUGGGACCUCAGAGCGGCGGCACCCUGGUGACUCUCACCGGAUCUAACCUGCACGUGGGCUCGAACGUCACCGUGACGCUCGGCGGCCGGCCGUGCCCCGUCACGGAGCGGCUGGACGGCGUGACGUGCGUAACGGCGCCGUCGGUCGAGCCGCGUGACGUGACGGACCUGCGCGUCACGGUGGACGGCGCCAACAGGUCGCUGGCCGUGCCCUUCACCUACACACCUGACCCGGUGGUGCUGGACAUCCGUCCGCUGAAGAGCUACGUCUCCGGCGGCCGGCCGCUGACCGUCCACGGCCGUCAGUUUGACUCGAUACAGCAGCCCAAGAUCAUCGUGUUCAACGAGACCGCCCUCCGACCCAUCAACACCACGGUCUGCACGGUGCUGACCCCCGAGCUGAUGGAGUGCCCGUCCCCGGCCGUGCCCCGGCUCUCGGCUCCGGCCGUUCCGGAGCCGGAGCUGCUCCGUCUGGGCGAGUCUCGCGCGGCGCGCAUGUACCGCUCCCCGGACACCCAGCUGCCGACGCCGCCCCAGCAGGAGCUGCAGAUCGGCUUUCUGAUGGACAACGUGAAGGGAGUGCUGAACCUGAAGCAGUUCUCGCCGGAGCUGGAGUCCACCAUCACUUAUGUGGAGGAUCCCGUCUACUUUCCGUUCGCCAAGGACGUGAAGGCCUUCAGCGGCGACACACUCGUCAUUGAGGGUGUGAACCUGAACGGCGCCAGUGACGAGCGUGACACGGCCGUGACGGUGGGCGGCGUGCCGUGUAACGUCACCACGCUGACGGCCACACAGCUGGUGUGUGUGCCGCCGCGCCGACAGUCGGACGGCAUGCUGCUCUCGGAGCAGACCGGCCUGCCGCUGGUGCAGGUCACCGUCGGAAACCUCCGCUUCCCGCUCGGACACCUGCAGUACGACGGCGCCGGACCGUUCAAGCUGAGCGGCGAGGUGAUAGCGGGGAUCGCGGCCGGCGCCGUGGUGCUCGUGCUGGCCUCCCUGCUCAUCCUGCUCGUCUACCGGCGCAAGUCCACACAGGUCGAGCGAGAGUACAAGCGCAUCCAGAUCCAGAUGGACACGCUCGAGAACAACAUCCGCUCCGAGUGCAAGCAGGCGUUCGCGGCCAUGUGCACGUGGGACUCGCGGCGCGGCCGGGACACACUGGCGGCGGCCAGUCCCGACCUGCCGGCCCAGCUGAGCAGCCUGGCCGCCACCUUCAACCCCGACGAGGUCGACUGUCUCGAGCAGCGAGAGUUCCUUGUCAAGGUGCUGUUCCCUGGGAUCGCGGAGCACCCGAUCCUGAGCCGGCAGCGUCCGUCGUCUCCGACCAGCCCUCGCACCUCGCUGGACGUGGCCAUGCUGCAGCUGGAGCAGCUCGUCAGGAACCAGCACUUCCUCGUCACCGUCAUCGACACCAUGGAGCGGCAAAAGGACUUCUCCAUCCGUGACAGGGUGACGGUGGCGUCGCUGCUGACGGUGAUCCUGAUGACCAACAUGGAGUACCUGACCACCGUGCUCCACCAGCUACUGGUCCGACACAUCUCCCGCAUAGCCAGGUCCAGGCACCCGCACCUGAUGCUCAGAAGAACAGAAACCGUCAUGGAGAAGCUGCUCACCAACUGGAUCUCCGUCUGCCUCUAUGGCCACAUCCGGGAGCGUCUGUCGUCCCGGCUGUACCUGCUCACCAAGGCCAUCAAACACCAGAUCUCGUGCGGUCCCGUGGACGCCGUCACCCUGGAGGCUCACUACAGCCUCGCAGAGGAGCGGCUGCUCCGACCCCAGAUCGAACACAACAGCGUGACGUUGCUGGUGACGACUGAAGAAACUCCGUACGAGAGGAUCCCUUGUAACGACUACCAGAGCCAGCCUCGCCACUACGAGGACGUCAUUCACAAGGUGACGGUGCACGCGCUCGACUGCGACUCCAUCAGCCAGGUGAAGCAGAAGGUGGUCGACGCCGUGUUCUGCGGCCUGCCUGCCUCGCAGCGGCCCAGCCACCACUGCGUCGCGCUGGUGUGGCUGACGGCGGACGGUCAGCGGACGCCGCUGGCGGACGAGGACGCCACCAGCAGGACCGUGGACGGCUGGCGGCAGAUCAACACCCUCUCCCACUACGGCAUCAACAAGAUCGCCACCAUGUUCCUCGUGCAGGCCAGGGAGACGGUCCGAACGAAAAAGUACAACACGCCUUCAUCGGUCGGAAGUUUCUCGCUUCCGUCGGCAUUUUCGCCGUUGGUGGGCUCCAACAUUUACGUGAAGCCGGGCGCCGAGAUCCGUGUGUACCACCUGGUGCGUCCCGAGGGUCCGGCUGGCGGAGGCGGCGGCUCCGGUGGUCAGGAGACGGCCGCCAGAGCCGUGCCAGAGGUGUUCCUCACGCGGCUACUCGCGACAAAAGCGAUGCUGCAGCCGUUCAUAGAUACCAUGGCGUCGGCGCUUCUGACACCCGACGAGGAGCCGCCGCCGGUGGUCAAGUGGCUGUUUGACGUGCUCGACGAGGAGGCCGAGCGUCAGGGCAUGGACCAGCCGGACAUCCUGCACGCCUGGAAGGCCAACUGUUUGCCGCUGCGGAUGUGGGCGAACCUGAUCCGCCGACCGGAGCUGAUAUUUGACCUGGACAAGUCGCCCGCCGUCGAGUCCAGUCUCACUGUGAUAUCCCAGAGCCUUGUGGAGGCGUGUCUGCCCACGCCGCACACAAUCUCCAAAAACUCUCCGUCGCACAAGCUGGUGUUUGCCAAGGACAUUGGUCGGUGGCAGUGUAUGGUGGGCGACUAUUUCGAGUCGGUGCGGAGCCGGCCGCCGGUCAGUGACCAGGACCUGGCCGUGCUGCUGCAGCAGCUGUCGCGCCACCACGCCGGCCAGUUUGACGCCAUCGCCGCGCUCAAGGAGCUCUACAUCUACAUCACCAAGUACGGCGAGCCGAUCGCGCAGGCGCUCGACAGCGAGCCCACCUGUCAGCAGCUGUUCUUCUCGAGCCGUCUUUCAAACAUCGCCGCCAGCCUGGAGAUGCCCAUUUGCUGAGUCUACACACUGGAAACUCGGUCCCUCAGAAAACGUCCACUGAGAGUCCCGCUCUCAGUUCUGUACCACUGCGCGGUGAAUGGAACCGCGCAGUCCGUUACACAACUCGCGAGGCGAGCUCAGUAUGGAGGCUCAGAUUAUUUACGCUUCUAACCGGUAUAUGGGGCGUGGCGGCAGGUAGCCUGAUGCCGAGACCUGCCUGCCACGAAAUAGUUUUAGCCUCUCGUCCACCGGCCCCGAUUUCUGCUCGGUGUAGGUGGCGCGGCUGUGCAAUGUUGCAGCCAGUGCAGUGAGCUGAGGGCGUGCCGCCGAAUCUCCGAGACCGCCGGGGCUCGGAGUGGGGACUGAGUGGCCGCUGGCCGACGCUGCACGCCGAGAUAUCAGAGGGCCCGUGUGCCCCGUAGCCUUUGGGGAGCGCUGAUGGCGCCUCAGUAACUAGUCAUGCAGGGGGCCGGCUCUGGCGGCGCCGGGUGGGCAGACCGCCGUGUGAUGGUGGUGAUGUGCCCCUGUGUACGGAUGAUCGUGAUACACCCCCUCCCCCGUGUACGGAUGGUGGUAAUACGGCCUCAUAUGUACGGACGGUGGUGCUGUUAGGUCAGUUGGAGCGCGGCCAGUGGCGCCCGAGUCGUUUCGCUGUGUUCCCAUCCGGGAGAAUUGGGCCAAGUGGUGUAAACUGCUAUUUGAGUAGGGAUUUUGUAUCAACGAUGUAUUGUUACCAGUUGUCUUUAUUAUUCAAUAAAUGCACUGUUUUUA